AUGCUUAUAUAUUAUAUGCAUUUAUACGAAAUAAAAAUUUACGCCAAUCAUCAACGAAUAUUUUCAUUUGUGGUUUUGGUAUUAGCAGAUUUUUGUGGAGCUUUGUUCGAUAUACCACUAUCAGCUAUUCCACUCGUAGGAUGCAGAUGGUUUUUUAGUUAUGUUGCUUGCGUACUGGAAACUAUUAUAGCUUAUUUUGCUAGUUGUUCAAAUAUAUAUUUUGUUGUGACAAAAUUGUGUUCAACAUCCGUUAUAUCGGUUAAACACGCUGAUAUGACUAUUUUAUGUGGUUAUUUAUUAGCUUUAUUUUGGACAUUACUUCCGGUUAUUCGAUGGUUGAGCAAUGAUUAUGAAAUUCGUGAACGUCGACGUCGUACAGAUAUAAAUUUAGAUGAAUCUCAUUCUCAUCGUCCAUAUUUAAUUGAACGUCGUAUGACAUACACUGUUAUUUUUAUCAUUGGUAAUAAUAGUAGAGAUUUGAAUAAAAAAAGAAAAGAAAAGAAUUGA